AUGGCCAGUCUUCAAGUGGAGGGGUCAAUGUUGGAGACGAGUUGUGGAAGUCCACAUUACGCGUGUCCGGAAGUCAUUCGGGUAAGAGCCGUAGCACUAAAUGUAGACUUGAAGAUUUUCAAGAAAAAUUGAGCAUUUCUGAGCAUUCUUGUUGUCAAUUGAGCUUGUCCAAUUUGAAAUACUACCUCAAUCUGAAAUUACAGGGUGAAAAGUAUGAUGGUCGGAAAGCGGACGUGUGGAGUUGUGGAGUUAUCCUGUACGCCUUGCUAGUUGGUGCCCUGCCUUUUGACGACGACAAUCUGCGGAACCUUCUCGAAAAAGUCAAGCGUGGAGUCUUCCACAUUCCACACUUUGUACCAGCCGAUGUGCAAAGUUUGUUGCGUGCGAUGAUUGAAGUGGACCCGGGAAAGCGGUACUCGUUGGCUGAUGUAUUCAAGCAUCCAUGGGUGUCCGGCGCGACAAAGACUGAUCCAGAGCUAGAACUUCCAAUGUCCCAGGUGGUACAGACUCAUAUCAUUCCUGGAGAAGAUUCGAUUGACCCGGAUGUCCUACGUCAUAUGAACUGUUUGGGAUGCUUUAAGGAUAAGCAGAAAUUGGUUGCUGAACUGCUCUCACCUAGGUAAGCUUGAACAAAGCCACAUUCACAGAAUUAUUUUCAGGCACAACACGGAGAAAAUGGUGUAUUUUUUGUUGCUCGAUAGAAAACGCCGACGACCAGCGCAGGAGGACGACACUGAAAUUGUUCUCCGCGGCGCUGCACAAAACAACGACCCUCCAAAAAAGCGGACGGAUACGGCGAGGACCACUAGAUAUCCGAUGGGAAGUAUCGCGGAUGGAAGUCCGAUCAACCCGAGGAAAACAUAUGGAAGGAAUAGCAAAUCAGCAAGACAUUCCAGUUUGGGCGGAUCACCCACGGAGUCGCCUAGAAGUUCGACAAGAGAUUUGUUCAGUUCACCGUCUAGUGGAUCUUAUUCGGCAAGAACAGGAGAAGAUCGGGAGAGAGGAAGGUCCGCUUCUCGGUCAACUAACAGUUAUCACUAUUACACUCAACCUGUGGACCCACAAACACUUGCGGAGGCGGCCAGACAUGUCCGGGAAGCGAGGGAGCAGGAGAGACGGGAAAGUAGGGAUAGUGGAAGAGGAUCUUCACGGAAAGAAAGCAAGGAUAGAGGUGACAAGACCGCGAGUAGUUCCAGCAGUAGCAGCAAGAAUGAUACGACUUCGGCGUCCGCUGUUCCGCACAAGUACAGCCCGCCAUCUGCCAUGUCGGAAAGUGUUGUGGUUCCAAGCAGCGCCAUCAAUUCCACGACUUCCUCUACAAACAGUCUGAUUGCUGGUAACAGUCAGACAAGCAUCGGAUCCACGAGUGGACCAUGGAGAUCCAAGCUGAACAACAUCAAGAACUCGUUCUUGGGCACUCCGCGAUUCCACCGACGGAAAAUGUCAAAUGGAGCGGCAGAGAGUGACAGUGAGGACAACCAGAUGAUUGAUACGACAGAGUAAGGACAUUUCUUAAAAUAGAAUCACAGAAAUCUGUUAUUUUUCUCUUUUUUGCAGCUUGGUCAAGAAAUCGUGGUUCGGAUCUUUGGCGUCCAGUAUGAGCGUGGAAAGGGACGACACGCAUUGUGUGCCAGUUCAGGGGAAAACGCUGAAUGGCAUCAAGGCAGAGCUGAUCAGAGCUUUCCUACAGGUUUUUUUCAAUAGGGAGCUAUUUGUUCUGAAAAAAACCGUUUUUCUUUAGAUUCACGAACUCAGCCACUCGGUUGUUGGUCAGAAUUGCUUCAGAGUAGAGUACAAACGUGGUCCAACCGUUGGUGGUAGCGUAUUCAGUCGCGGAAUCAAGAUGAAUGUAAGCACAAAAUAAUUGUAACAGUUCUGAAAAGCAUAAUCAACUUUCAGGUGGACAUAAUUCCAUCACCACAACAAGUAGUGAUGGCCGGUGAGACUCCGACCUAUGUGGUUCAGUUUGUGUUGCUGGCAGGGCCUGUGAGGAGGUUCAAGAGAUUAGUGGAGCAUUUAUCAGCGAUUUUGCAAAAUUCUACUCAACAAAGGUGAAAUUUAGCCUUCAAUUUGUUCAGUUUGAGACAAACUACAGCAUAUCCGAACUAUAAAUAGCUAUAGUUAUCCUUACAGAGCCGACCGGCAACAACAAGCGGCACUUAUGGUUCGACCGAGACGUCUAAGUGACUCAAGUGUUGGAAGUGCAUGUUCGGAUAGCGAAAGCAAUGCGAGCAGCAUCAAUAUGAUUGCAAGACAUGCGGUACGUAGCUAGUGUACUAAGUGGGGCAUGUUGAGAAACAUUUCGGGCUCGUUUUCUAUUGAAAUUCAACUUGCCAAACUGUCAUAAUAAUAAUAAACCCUGAAAUAGAUCAUUUCAGGAUAAAACCGAGCAAGUAACCACUGUACCCUCCGACUCUUACGGUCCAUCGCCGUCAAUGCGAUCCGUUGGCAGUAGCACAGGUAAUUCGACAAACUGAUUUCAUGUUCCUCUAACCUGUAUGGUUGUGUAGUGAGUUGACUACUACUGGUACUAUGACUCUUUUCUAUCGCUUAACUUUUAGUUCUUACCAUGAAUUAAUCACUUUACACCCAAAACCGUUAACCCUAAUCCGAAUUCAGGACUUCCAUCGUAGUUGUUCAAAGAAAUGCGAGUGGAAAGGUAAACUCACACAACAAUGCUCUAUCCGCUAUUAUAUUUUUCUCAUCAUUAGUUCAACUUUUUUUCCAAUACCCCCCCGUGGUUUCUUUUGCACGCUUUUUCUUCUAAAAACCGUUGAUUUCCGGCACCGUUUCUCCACCAAUCCUUUAUUAUUAUUAUUAUUGUAGAGAGUUUUGUUAGUGAGUGCAAAAAUGUUUUGCUAAAAGAAAAAAGUAAACGAACGUCAUAACUAAUAAUUGCUUCUUUUCUUCCUGAUUUGCGCUUCAAUUGGUACAUGUUUUGGUCAAAGGUGAACGCGUGAAAACUGUACUAAUCGCAAAAAAAAAACAAGUUUGUUCGUACGAUAGGCACGAUAGAAUUUUUGUGAUAUGAGAUUGGAUUGAAUCUUCUUCUAACACAUUUGUUUAAAAAACGUUUUUAAACCAGCUGUUAGCUUCAACAUUGUUCCCAUGCCGUCCACCCAAGUUCUAACUCUUCAGCUAACUCCUACAAGUCGCCAACACCUCACCGCCGUAACACCACAGCCGUCACCGCUAUUUCCGCCUCCACAACCUCUCGAUAUGCUCCGAGUACUUCCACUAACAGCUAUUCCAACGCUCACGACUAUUCUUAUCAUCCGGAGUACUCGCAGAGAAAUAAUGGGUAAAUUGUUUGUCUAGUCUUUUUGAGUAUACCUUCAGAGUGAUCGGCCAAAAAAAUUAUUUUGGGCCGGACGGGGCAGAAUAGAAAUGUUUACCGUCCCGGCUCGGCGUAAAAAUUUCGUUGAUACCACUGGUAUUGAUUAAUAAUCUUAAAAAUCGAUAGAAACUCCAAAAUGUUUUUGUUUUAUGAAAAACGUUUCAAUUUUCAGCACAUCUGCUCCGAAGAACCAAUACUCGCCCGGAUCGCAGCGUAGUUUUGCUUUUUCCAUGUUCAACAAAGCCGAUAAGGUCUAG